AUGAAGAGUAAUCUUGUUCGACUAGCGUUCAGUGCGGUAGGCCAUUUCGCAAGCCCCCUAACUUCAAGUUCAUCGUCGGCUGCAUCGUUAACAGCAACAGCCGCUCACUGUCAGCGUUGUUAUUCAUUGUAUUCACCGAAAGUAGCAAUGGCUACCGAGGAGCGGGUCUUGACGUUGGAAACGCUGAAUCCAUACGUGAUCAACAUGGAAUACGCCGUGCGCGGGCCGCUUGUUAUUCGAGCCUCAGCAAUAGAGAAAGAACUGGCAGAGGUGCUUUUAAAACUUCAUUUAAUCAUUAUCCGUCUCUUAAUCAUCACUCGGAUUCGGUAA